AAGCUAAAGAAUAUUACUGGGAAGAGGACACUCUUUCACACACUCUCUCUCUCUGUUUCUCUUUCUAGAUUUGGAGCAGGGAUCGUCGAGGCAGGCAACAAUGGAGGUGUUCUAUUACCUGGUUUUCGGCUCUCUCGCGGUCGUAGUGGCAGCUGUGGAGCUAAGCAAGAACAACAAAGAUCGCAGCAACACUUCUCAAUCCUUCGAAUCCUUCAAGAACAAUUACCUUCUCGUCUACUCUCUUAUGAUGGCCGGGGAUUGGUUGCAGGGUCCAUAUGUGUACUUCCUAUACAGUACGUAUGGCUUUGGGAAGGGGGAGAUUGGGCAGCUCUUUAUCGCAGGGUUUGGAUCUUCCAUGCUGUUUGGAACAAUUGUUGGAUCUCUAGCUGACAAACAGGGCCGGAAGAGGGCAUGUGUGACUUACUGCAUUACUUACAUUCUGAGCUGCAUUACCAAGCAUUCUCCUCAAUACAAAGUUUUGAUGUUGGGUCGCGUUUUAGGUGGUAUUGCCACUUCUCUCCUAUUUUCAUCAUUUGAGUCAUGGCUUGUGGCGGAACACAACAAGAGGGGAUUCGAACAACAAUGGCUCUCACUAACAUUCUCCAAAGCAAUAUUUCUUGGAAAUGGUCUCUGUGCUAUUGUCGCUGGUUUGUUCGGAAAUCUGCUAGUUGAUAGCUUCAAUCUUGGGCCUGUGGCUCCCUUUGAUGCUGCUUCGUGCUUUCUUGCAAUUGGGAUGGCCAUUAUUUUAUCAUCAUGGACUGAGAACUAUGGAGACCCUUCAGAGAACAAGGAUUUGUUUACACAGUUCAAGGGUGCUGCUGUGGCUAUUGCUUCAGAUGAGAAGAUUGCGUUACUGGGUGCAAUACAGUCCCUGUUUGAAGGUUCCAUGUAUACCUUUGUGUUCCUCUGGACUCCUGCUUUGAGCCCAAAUGAGGAGGAAAUUCCCCAUGGUUUCAUUUUUGCAACUUUUAUGUUGGCUUCAAUGUUGGGAAGCUCACUUGCAUCUCGCUUGAUGGCUCACACAUCACCUAAAGUUGAGAGCUACAUGCAGAUAAUAUUUGUGGUUUCUUCCGUAUCUCUCAUGCUUCCCAUUUUGACAAGUUUCUUGGUACCUCCUUCUAAGGAGAAAGGUGGAGGCAUCUCAUUUUCAGGUUGUAUCCAGGUUCUUGGCUUCUGUGCUUUUGAGGCUUGCGUGGGGAUAUUUUGGCCAUCCCUCAUGAAGAUGAGGUCCCAAUACAUUCCCGAGGAGGCCAGAAGCACCAUCAUGAACUUCUUCCGCAUUCCUCUCAAUAUGUUUGUGUGCAUUGUGCUUUACAAUGUUAAAGCAUUUCCGAUCACUGUUAUGUUUGGGAUGUGCUCGAUCUUCCUACUUGUGGCAACUAUGUUGCAGAGGCGGCUAUCAGUGCUCGCAGAAAAGUCGAAGACAGAAGAUUGGGUAUCAAUGAAGGACAAGGAGGAUGAGGCAGAUCCACUAACUGUUGCUUGAUUUUAAAAGGUGGGGGAGUAGCCAUAAUUUUCGGGAGCUGGAAAAGAACCACCUAAUUCCUGCCCAAAGACUGUUCCAGGUUUUGUUUAAUGGAGGUCCGGGACAUGUUCAAUUUUGUAAAGGUCAUUAUGUAUAGGAAAAAAACAGUAGGAUCAAACAGCAAAGAAAGGGAUGAAAAUGCGAGGAGGAAGUUACUUCAGCUCAUCUUCUCAGUUGUCGAUUUUGGAAAUAUUCAACGUUCACUUUUGUAAUUUCGAUCUUCUUUUCGUUUCUAACCUAAGUUUAGGUUUACGUUUAGGGUUAGGUUUAGGGUUUCUUGUUUAAAGUUUUUGACAUAUUUAUCUCUUCAACUUAAAGAAGUGUGAAACUACACUAAUGAUUUCCACAUAGCAUCAUUUGCUUCAUAUUUUCUUUGUAAAUUGUUUGCAGACAAUUUUGGGGCAUAUGAAAUAAUGUAGCCACAAUGCCUUGAAUUUGGCAAAUUUUUGUUCAAUGAUAGAUGUAAAUUUCAAUUUGUGCUCAG